AUGUCAAACUCACAACUCUUGUGGAUGAAAACGGAGCUUAAAACACGUACAAAAUAAAAUUGUUAGAACAUAGCCGAUUGUAAGUGAAUAAUGGAAGAACCCAUCGAUAGCAUUAGGCAAAAUAAUCGAAGUUUACUUAAACUUAAUAGACGAACACAUAGAGAUGAAAUCAGUGAUAUAAGACGUUCUUUUGGGAGUUGCUCAUCGACGCAUAAUACCGCAGAAAUUAUUGACAAAUUAAAAACUAAAUCAGCUAUUUCUGCACGAGAAUUAAAUCAACUCAAAAAUGCUAUAAUGGAGGACCCCUCAAACAUUGAGCGAUUACUCAAUGUACAUGGAGCUUUAAGAGGCAUAGUCAGAGAAUUAACAGGUGUUGAUAUAAAGAAGCAAUGUGCUGCAGCUGGAUGUUGCUGCAAUCUUGCGAUGGGAGACAGCAAGGCUUGCUUGACCAUUGCCAAAGCUACUGGUACAUAUUUGCUUGCUGCUGUUGACAAUCUUGCUACUGAACUUGCUGUUACAUGCAUAUGGACGCUAGGUAACCUAGCCGCUUCAGGCACCAAAGCAUGUGAUGUCCUCACAUCUCAAGGCGCUCUCUCCAAGUUGACUGAACCGCAUGCAAAUGAGGAGGUACAAGACGCGUGUUGGUAUGCUCUUAAGCAUUUUGCUUAUCAAAUGGGAGAUGGCUUGAAAGUGGUGUACCUUCAAAAAAUAUUACAGUCACUGGCAAAGUCGCAUAUCACAUUGGAAGCUUCGCAACUGCUGUUCGUUCUAUCCUGUCAUACUGACUUCCCCAGCGUAAUCACAGAAGAUUUAAUUAAAAAUCUAUUAGAAACAUUCACUAAAAGUUUAGAAAAUCAUAUAUUUUGUAAGCAAACUGAAACAUGUUGUGAUUUUGUGUAUAUCUGUCGGACUUUGGCCAAUACAAAUGAUUUUGUGUACAAUUUAAUAUUAAAUGUUAUUGUUUCUAAUAAUAUGAGUGAUGUUUUAAGAAAAGUGUUAAGUAUUGACAAUAAAAUAGUGAAUGAAUCCUUACUCUGGUUGCUAGGCAAUAUCUAUAAGAGUUGUGGUGGAAAUGAGUUCUUUAAUUUUUUAAUAAGCUGAUGGUGGAUAAUAAAUAAAUUUUAUGU